AUGAGUGUGGCCGAUCAAGCGAUUGAGCUCGUUCGUCGACUCAACGAUCCCAGAUAUGCAGCUGGUGCCUCGCAGAUAUCGCGAGAGCUGCAGGAGAUUCAGUUGUCCGACCAAGGAUGGGUUGCUGCGGAUGCUAUGCUCGACCAUACGGACACCAACAUCAAAUUCUACGGAGCUUUGACUCUGCAGAUCAAACUCAACAAGGACAGGAGUACACUCAAUGAACAGGCAGCCGCUGAAUUGAGAUCGCGUCUGAUCCUGUGGUUCAUUCGCCUUGCGCUGGGCGAUAUGCCUCCCAAACUCAUCAUUGACAAGCUUUGUUCUACAAUGGCCACAUAUUUUAUUCAGUCUCCCGUCCCCUGGACUCAGACUGUGAGACAAAUCAUUUGCUCAUUGCACGCUGGAGAUGUCGUGCCUCAUGACAUGCUUGGCACAUAUUCAGACACCAGCCGAAUUAUCAGCGGUCUGUCAGGGUUAAAGUUAUUCAUGGCUGUACGCUUCUGCAGAGUGUUGGCCGAAGAUGUCCAAAACAGCUCUGUCUUGGGGCCGCAGUACUAUCACCUUGACAACAUCUUUAAGAGCAACACCACUGACUCAGCGAUACUGAUGACUUAUGUUUUCAGCACGUCAACACCACUGUCCACAGAGAUUCGUGUCGAAGCCGUGAACUGUUUCUCUGCUUGGGUCACGUACAGUUUCGCCCAUUGGACCACUGAUCCUGUUGCUUUGCAGCUUCUACAGAACCUUACACCGAUGGCUCUGGAGCAUCUAUUACACCACGACGAAAGCGUCAGAGACCCCACUGUUGAAUUCUUUGUCAACACGUUGGAGUAUCGCUCGAAAUUUCUCCAAAAGGAGCAACUCGAAUCUCUAUCACUGCUAGUACGCAGGACUGUUGGUCCGCAGUGUUUACUCCAGGGCCAAAGCUUCCUAGACCCAACCAUCGUGGCAUUCAGCAAGCUGAUCACUGCUUAUGGUAAAUUGGUAGUCAAGGAUUUGAUAUCGGAGAGAAACCAGGAAUCAUCUCAAGAAAUCAUUGAUCUUUUUCAACAACUACUGCGCGCUCCUGGCUACCCUGCUGAAGAUGAUCAAGUCAUUCUCAACGUGACAGAGUUCUGGAUCGAGUACGCCGAAACGAUUGCCGACACACUCAUGGACGCAGCAGAGGAUGAAAUACCUUUCCUAGCAAUCGUAAGGAACGAUCUCAUGCAAGCUGUUCAGACAUAUAUACCCAAACUUCAGGCACCACCUCUUGCAGAAAUGACCGAGUGGGACGAAGACAAUGUCGAUCAUUGGCAAUUCUUCCGCGAUAACAUCAGCGAUUUCUUUGACCAGGUCAAUAACGUUCCAGAGACCCAUCUUCUCAGUAAUAUGGUCGUUCUUGCGACUAAUGUCCUACCUGCUUGUCAAUGGCUACAUCUCGAAGCCAUAAUCUUCUCAAUCAACUGCAUAUCAGACUCUAUCGCGCUGUCAGAUGAGAACAUCCAGGCGCUCUCAGCACUCAUUGGAUCUUCAUUGUUUAGCGACAUCUCAUCCAAUAGUACAGAUGUUCCAAACAAACUCAAGCGUGCUGCCAUGACGCUGGUUGAUCGAUACUCUUCGUUCAUCAAGAAAAACCCGCAAUUUUUGCCGCCUGUUCUUACCUUCCUCUUCACAAUACUAGCAUCUACACCUGCCGAUCGUGUCAAGCUCGCAGACGCUUCUGCAAAAUCGCUUGAACAGCUUUGUUCCUCAUGCCGCAAGUCCCUGACACCACAUUUAGACGAACUUCUUCAACAGUGUCCACAAGCACUUUCCGGUCCUUCCGCGAAUAGUUAUCAGAAAGAGAAAAUUAUGGCAGCUCUUGCCUCGAUUAUACAAGCCUUACCGAGCGAGGAAGCCAAGGCCGCGCCUCUGAUAUCACUCAUUCAGGUCAUCGAAAAUGAUCUCAACACAGCUAUCGCAACUCUGAAUAAAGGAAACUUAGAGGAUAGCGAAGUGCUAGGAACGUCUGCUUUGCAAUGUUUGGCCAGCAUUGGCAAAGGCAUCCAAGCGCUCACCAACGAUGUAAUCGACGUGGACAGCGAUGACGAAGAAGGAAACGACGACAUAGCCGCAACUGGCAAUUUCUGGACUUCGCAAGCUGGUAUCGAGAUUCAGAAUCGCAUCGUGCAAUGCAUCAAUAUAGUCGAGUACCUGCACAACCCGGGAGAUGCAAUGGAUGCUGCCUGUGCGAUCCUGCGCGCCGGUCUCAAGGAGACAAAGCCGGGUCCAUUCGUCUUCCCACCUUCGGCCACUGUCGCCUUCAUCAGCAAGGCACAAAUCAGCACACCCCGUAUCGAGGCCAUCAUCGGUACAGCAUGCAGUUUUGUCUCCAACUGUUCGCGCAAAACGGCACCGCACAUGUUUGACGAGAUGUCAGCAGUGUAUCAAAGAGUAGCGCUGGUGAUGCAGCAGCUCGGUGACCCGGCUAAUGACCCUCAACUCGCCCAGCUCUGCAUUGAUUUCAUGCAAAGGCUGCUGGUCAGCUAUAUAGAUGUUUUGCUCUCGCCUACCGAUGAUGAGAUUGCUGCAGCUCUGCAAUUUGUCAUUAACUGCAUGGUAGGCAAUGCGCCUAUGUUGAAGCGCAAUGCCUGCAACUUCUUCGAAACACUACUGGGUCUCGCUAACCCACGCACUGCGCACUCUCUCCCAUCCUGUCGAGUACCUCCCCUCUCCGUCCUCACCGCCUUCGCCUCUCCCCUCUCCCGCGCCGUCAUCUUUAAUAUAGGUGGGCUAGCCCAACGCUCAGAGAUUGAAUCUCUAUGUAAACCUCUACGCGCCCUUGUCUUCUCACAACCUGGACUAGCCAAACAGCACCUAGAGCAAGCACUCCUGGAUCCUAGUUUCCCAUCUACUAAUGUGGAAGAGAAGGAGAAGAGAGUGUUUGCUGCUAAGGUGUUGGGACUCAGGGGAGGUAGACAGACGGUCGUUGUGGUUAAGGAGUUUUGGGCGCUAUGUAAGGGGACGGUUACGUCCUUUGAGUAG